CCCAAGAAUGGAGAAGAUAGCCUCUGCUUUGAAGGACUCGGAGUCAAAACAAAGGAGCCUGAGCAGGGCAUUGGAGGCGUUGCAGUCUCAAGCUUCAUCUGCUCUGUUGUUUUCUCUGCAAUGGAAGGACCUGGAGGACCACUUCGAGUCUACCCGGGCCCAAAUCCAGACCCGAUUCGAGGAGCUAAAGACUUUGGAGAUGAAAGCCAAGGAGUUGGAGAAAGUGGAGGAGUUGAUUGAUCAGGGUAAGAGAGAGCUGGGUCAUCUUGAGCUGUUGAUUGAGAAAAAGGGUUGUGAGGUUGAGGAGAGAAAAAGAUUGGUUAGGGAUAAAGAUAGGGAGAUCAGUGAGGGGAAGAAGAAGUUGGGUUCGGUGAGGAAGAAGGUGACAUUUGAAGAGAGGGAGCUGGAAAUGAUGCAGGGGAUGUUGGAGAAGUGUUGUGAGGAAAUUGAGGCGAAAAGGAGGGAGUUGGGUUUGGAAGAUGAGAGAUUUGGGGUGGUGAAGUGUGGCAUUGUGGAAUGUGAGAGAGAAUUGAGGUUGAAAGAGGAGAAGAUGAGUUUGGUUGAGAAAUCGAUGGAGAAAUGUAUGGAAGAGUUGGAUGAGAAGGAGAAGAUUGUUAGGGAGAUGAAUGAGUGGAAAUGUAAGCUUGAGAAGAAAGAGAGUGAGCUUGAGGGAUGGGCAGUGGGGCUUGCAUUGAAAGAGAAGCAAGUGAAAUCGAAAGUUAAGGAAGUUGGUUUGGCUGAAAAGAGGGUUUUGGAAAGGCUCAGUGAAGUUGAGAUGAAGGAAAAGGAUUUCGAUGAGCAAAGAAAGGCGAUUAGUGAAGGGAGAAAGCAUUUGGAUUCACUCUCAAGUAAGCUGCAAAUGAGAGAGUGGGAGCUUUGUAAACAAGCGAAAGACCUUAACUUGGAGAAGCAAAAAUGGGAGUCGAUUGAAAGAUCCACUAAAGAAUGCACAGAAGGUCCAAAAUCGAUAGAGGAGCCUAGUGUCUUCCAUUUGGAGACUGACAUAACUUGGGACGGUAGAGGCUUGCAGUUGCUUAUGAAUGAGCAGUUGAAGAGAAUAGAUAAAAUGAGCAGCAAAAUGUCAGCUGUUUUUCAAGGCUCAUCAGACCCGGCUAAGUUAGUGUUGGAUGCAGUGCAAGGAUUUCACCAGCCAAAUCCAAAUAAGGACAACGAGGAGAUUGAUUUUGAUUUGGAAAUUACUAGAAGGAGUUGUAUUGUUUUGUUGAAGGAGCUAAAGAGAAUAUCAACACCAAUCAGUCCUCCAGUUAAAGAAGAAGCGAUGAACUUGGCCACCGAAUGGAAGUCUAAGUUGGCCACUGAGAAUAGGAUGGAAAUUUUGGGGUUUCUGCAGCUUGUCACUACUUAUGAGUUGACCUCCCUUUAUGAUGCAAAUGAACUUCAAGGUCUUCUAGCAAUAAUAGCUCAGCCCAAAGAAGCAAAUGAGAGGCAGUUCUUGGCAUCUGAAAUCACCAUCACUCCUCCUCCUGUCAAAGAUGAGGAACAGGAAUCUUCACUGGCCAAAAAUGCAGCAACUUCUCCAAUUCUUCAACCAAGUUCCACUGUACAUGAAAGAAAUCUUCUAGAGUUCCAAAAUGAGCAAAUGGUUUGGGAACAUUCACUACAGAGCAAAAUUUUUGUUGCGCUUAAAAAGUCAUCAAAUUCAGACCCAGCAAAACUUUUGCUGGAUUUAAUGCAAGUAUCAUUUGCUGGGUACUGGAUGAAAGAAGAUGUUGAUUUUGAACCAACUGCAAUGGAGAGCUUCAUUUCCCUACUGGAGACUGUAAGAAGAGUCCAACCGCACGUUGGACCGCAGUUGAAAGAUAAUGCAACAAAUUUAGCAGUGCAAUGGAAAAGAAAACUGAGAGCUGAUGAUGAAAAUUCCUGGGAGAUUUUGGGUUUCUUGCUGUUUAUAGCUACGUACGAUAUACUUUUCACCUUCAGUACAGAUGAUAUUGCCAAGCUUCUAGUGAUCAUUUCUCAGCAUACACCUGCUCUCAAACUAUGUCAGACACUAGUUCUUGCAGAUAAGUUACCUGAUAUUAUUCUGAAUCUUGUUCAAGGCAAACAGCUAGUUGAGGCUGUUAGAUUAAUUUGCACCUUCAAAUUAAGCGACAAAUUCCCCCCAGCACCACUGUUGCAUCAAUUUGUGGAAGAUUCAUGGAAUCGUUGUAGUGAAGUUUGCAUGAAAAAGAUAUUCCUUGAUGAAAAGGAUAAGGUUGUAGAUAGCCAAAUAGCUGAUCUAAGAGCCGUUGUCCAAUGCAUCAACAAAUACAAUCUCCAGUCUGAGUACCAACCUGCAGUUGUUGAAGUACAAAUUGAUGAGCUGAAAAAACUAAAGGAGAACUGGAGACUCUCGGCACAAUCUCUUGUGUCCCAGAUUGAGCCACACGAACAAAGUAUAGAGAAGAAGCGUAGUCCUAGUACUCCUACACUCAUUUUUCAACCACAGCAACAACCUGAAUAUAAAGAUCAGCUUACAGCCAUAUCAGCUGCCAGACCGCCACCCUAUCCAUCGCCUACUUGUAUCCCAAGCUAUCCACAAUCACAUCCUUCACCUGUAUUGCAGACUAAUUAUGGAUUUCCAAUGCCUACCAAUGGCCAGCCAUGUGCCUCUAGUUAUGGAAACGGCUUCAUGCCAACUUUGAAGCGCCCAUGUAUGAUGAAUUUUGGAUACCAAACCCCAGCCUCUGUUCCCUUCAUGCCAACUAUGAAGCGCCCUUGUAUGAUGAAUGCCGGAUACCAAGCCCCAGCCCCAGCCCCUGUCCCCUCCCCAGCUCCAACCCCAGCCCAAAUGCAUAGUGCUAAUUACAAUGUACCAUGCCAGUUUCCUCACCCUAAUAUGUUGCAGUUUCGGGGUAGGUAGCCUAGUUUGCUAACCAGUUUAGGAGAACCCCCCUCCCCUGUAUGGAGGUAGAAACUUGUGAAAUAGAUGGAGUAGUUCUAAUCAUGUCUAGAAGAAUGUGUUUAUCUUUGCGGUC